AACCCGGAAACGGAUUGUACGACGCACAGAACAGAUUGUAUUUCUUUUCUCCUCGCAGACGUAAACCGACCCACAAAGCCAACGGGGUACGUAAAGGAAGUGAUACCCGACUGGAAUGUUUACCUGAGCUCCACCUGUUCCUUUUCAAAGCGGUCUUUGUUAUUUACAAGACGGCAGGUAGCUUCAACUGAUUCGUAGAGUUUAUAUAUCUCACAGUUACCGAGGCCGACUAAACGAGUUAUGGGAGGGAGGCAGUCCUUCCCUAUAGUAUCCCUUCCCCGGGAUAGGAUAGUUAUCGUCACUGGAGGAAACACAGGUAUCGGCUAUCAAACGGCGAAAUGGAUAGCUAUGAUGGGGGCAACUGUGAUUAUUGCCUGUCGGUCCGAACAUAAAGCCAUCGGGGCAAUCCAGGAUAUGAAUCAAGAGUUUCAAGAUGAAAAACAGAAGGGAACCCUAGGCCUUGCUCAUUACGACAAACUGUGUGUAGAGUUUAUGAAGCUGGACUGUGCGUCACUUAAAUCUGUGCAGGAAUUUAUAGAAGAAUUCAAAGCGUCUGGAAGACAACUGCAUGUACUAUUAUGUAACGCAGGGAUUAAUACCGUCAAAAAGACUUUAACGGAAGAUGGAAAUGAGCUGUUGUUUCAGGUAAACUACCUGAGUCACUUCUUGAUUGCUGUGAGUCUACUCCCGGUGAUGAGAAUGUCUGGACGGGAUUGUCGAAUAGUGUUCCUGUCUAGUUUAUGGUACAAGUCUGGAAAAUUUGAUAUAAAGAAAAUAAAUGCCGAGCAGGAAACAUCGGACACAUACAAGAGUGACUACUACUACCAGAAGAGUAAACUAUAUCUGAUAAUGCUGAUGUACAAGAUGAACAGAAUAUUAAACCAGACUGACGUAACAGUCACGUGUGUACAUCCGGGUAUUGUACGAACCAAUAUGAUGGAAGAAUUCCAGCAACAGGCCUCGUUUUUAUACAGGGGAGCGAUAUCCUGUGCUAAUUGUCUAGGAUUAUCGACGUCCGUAGAACAGGGGGCCUGGACGUCUAUUAAUACAGUAGUGAACCCAGAACUGACCGGUGUCCGAGAUGUCUACUUCAACAAUUCAAAACCAGAGACCAUCAGAUCGCACGCAAGGGUAAAAGAAGACCAGGAAUCACUAUGGCAGUUUUCACUAGACCGGGUGAAAUAUCAUCUACCAGAAGACAUUCUUCAGGACCUUAUAACGAAAUGAUGUUUAGGAUGUAAUUGUCCUCUCAUUGCAUCUAUUGACAUGAGAUAGCUUUAAUAUACCUUGAUGUUCUGAAAUUUUAUAAAUAUGCGACAAUUUCUAUAUGUCAGUGUGAUUCUGAUAUCCACUGGUCUUUAAAAGUCGCUAUCAGAUCUGCGGUAUCGCAGAAAUAAAAAUGAAGGACCAAACCCUGCCUCCAGCACUCAGACAGAUAGCUAGACAUAUAUAACACACAUUAAGAAAUGCCCUGAUAUGAUGUUAGGUGUUAAAAGGAGGUUAAGUAAAAUAAAACCAACAACUAAAUCACCUUUAGAUCCAAGGUUUAUAUUUACACAAUCGGGCAUAUUAGCGAAACCGCAUCAUCAUCGCCAAGAUCGAAAUCAAAGUGUAUACAUACAGAACACAACUAAAUGAACUGGAAGAAUCCAGGAUUCCUUGCUACAUGUUACAUUUCCUUACUAAGGAGACAACGAAAGGGACGGAGAGGAUCCGGGAUUCCUCACUGCAUUUUACAUUAUUAUCCCCCGCUUUCACCGAAACGGGGAAUAUUAAUUUGGGUUUGUCUGUCUGUCUGUCUGUCUGU